AUGUCCAAAAGGCUCUGCUCCCAGUUAGAGCAAGAAAUCCCGGAAGAUGCCCGCUGUCAGAUACAUCUGGAGCCACCACAGCUGUUCUGCCAUGAUGACCAAAUCACGCUUUGUGACAAGUACUUCACGUCCCAGGAGCAGAAGAAUCCCGUGGUAUAUGGAGUACAAGAGGCUGCUGAGAAUUAUAGGAAGUUAUUCCAGGAGAUAUUGAACACAUUGAAGGAGAAACUUGAAGUAGCUAAAAGCAUAUUGGCUGAUGAGCAAGAAAGAAUGGUGAUGAUGCAGGAAGAAGAGCAGAAUUUUAAAGCGAUGAUUGAGUCUGAAUAUAGGAUAAGGUUCGGGUUGCUGAUUGAAGAAAACAAAGUGAACUUCCAGAGCCCGCAAGGGUGCGGAUUCAACCUGAACUUGAGAGAAGCCAGUCAGAACCAACUGAUGGAGUUUGCCACAAAGCUAAAGGAGAAGUUCCAGGAAAUACUACAGAGACUGAACUGUUUGGGGAGAGAGAACAUGAGUAAACUGAGGGAGAGUGAAGUCAGGCUCUCUGAACAGAUCUGCAGUCUCCAGAAGAUCACCACAGAGCUGGAGAAGAAGUGUGGGCAAUCUGCCUCAGCGUUGCUCCAGAAUGCAAGAUAUUCUUUGGAAAGGAGUGAGUCACUACUGCUUCAGUGUCUAGAGCCCGCCCGAAUCACAGACCUGAGUUUAUGCCAAAUAACAGGAAUGAGCAAAAUGCUAGAAGUGCUGCAAAGACCUGUAACUUUGGACCCUGAAACAGCUCAUCCCUGUCUGGUCUUAUCUGAGGAUCUGAGAAGUGUGAGGCUCAGAAAUGUGCAGCAGGAGGUACCCAGUCGCCCAGAGAGAUUUGACUUCAGCGCCACUGUGUUGGGUGUGGAGCGCUUCACCUCAGGGCGGCACUACUGGGAGGUGGAUGUGGAAAAGGCAACACAGUGGCAGCUGGGCGUACACAGAAGCUCUGCCAGCAGAAGUGCUUCCGGAGAUAAGGUCUUAUUCACAGGAUCCAUGAUGGGAACUGAUUAUACUUUCUGGGCCUUCCCCCCUUUAAAAAGGGUUUCCUUGAGAGAGCAGAUGCACAGAGUUGGCGUUUUCCUGGACUAUGAGUAUGGGCAGAUAUCCUUCUAUGAUGUGACAAAGAGAUCCCUCAUCUACAAUUUCUCUUAUCUCGCCUUCCAAGGAGCUCUCAGGCCUGUAUUUUCUCUUUGUAUUUCAAAUGGAGGCAUGAAUUCAGACUCUCUGAGCAUCUGCCUCCCUCAUGUUUCUUCUUGUAAUGGUACUCUUAGCCCUCAAUCUUCUUUGGUGUGA